AUGGAAAAUCUUACACUUUACUAUCAUCCUUUAAGCCCACCUUGCCGAAGUUCAAUCAUGGUCGCAAGAGAACUUAAAAUAGAUUUGAAAUUAAAAGAAGUUGAUUUCCUUAACCAUGGAGAAAAAUCUGAAAGUUUUUCUAAGAUCAAUCCAGCUCAAACUAUUCCUACCUUAGUUGAUAAAGACAUAAUAAUUUGUGACAGUCAUGCUAUAAAUAUUUAUUUGGUAGAAAAAUAUGCUCAAAAUGAUUCUCUUUUCCCAAGCAAAGAUUUGAUUUUAAGAACAAAAAUUAUCGAUCGAAUGUUUUUUGAUGCCAGUUUUUUGUUUCCAAGAGGAUUUUUUGCUUCAGUAAUAUUUCAUGGUAAAGCCGAGAUUCCUCAAUAUAAAAUUGAGGGAAUUCAUCGAGGCUACAAAGUUCUUGAAAAAUAUCUGGAAAAAACCAAAAAUAUUGCUUCUGAUGAUUUAACUCUUGCUGACUUAUGCCUCUUUGCAUGGAUGGAAUCAAUUGUUCAGGUUAUCCCAGUAUCUCCAAAUGUCUAUCCAAAACUAACUUUAUGGUUGAAGCAAAUGAGAAAAUUACCAUAUUACCGCGAAGCUAACCAAGCUGGUGCUGAUUAUCAUAUUAAAGUUUUCAAUGAAGCUUUAGCAAGAAAUAUCAAAAAUAAAUUGUAA